AACACAUCGAAGGCACCGGUAAACAGAAUAAUAUUUAAGUUGGACAAUCGAAACAAUUACGUAGUGAAUUUGGGAUUUUUUUUAUCAAGUGUGCUGUUUUGUUGCUGUGCCAGAGCUACUGUUAAGAUGAAAGUUAUCGUCGCUCUCUUGGCUAUGGCCAGUUUGGCAUAUUGUGCGCCUCAGGGUUCCGUUACAGAGCCCAUCCCGAUUCUAAGACAGGAGCAAGAAGUCAAUUUCGAUGGGUCCUAUAAAUACAGCUAUGAAACCGGAAAUGGAAUUUCGGCAGACGAGUCUGGCUUCCUGAAGAACGCGGGGGUUCCCGAGCAGGAGACUCAAGUCGCUCAAGGUCAGUUCCAAUACACGUCGCCAGAGGGCCAAGUCAUCCAUCUCACCUACAUCGCUGACGAGAAUGGCUUCCAGCCAAUCGGAGAUCACCUCCCCACCCCUCCUCCAAUCCCGCCGGCGAUCCAGAAGGCCUUGGACUACCUGGCAUCUCUGCCUCCUAGCCAAGAAGACAACGAGACUAGAUAAAUAGAGUUUUUGCUUUGUGUUUAAUUGUUUUAUAGGUUAAUUUUUGUAACCUACUUUCUAAAAGUGAAACAGUGAAAUUUUCACUAUUUCCGUCAGUGAGUUAUUAAUUCACUGUAAAAUUAGUGUUUUUCAAUAUAAAUUAGUGAAAUUUUAACUUCUCCAAAUUAGUGUUUUUUAUUAUUACCACUUUUCCGGAACUCUCGAC